GGGCGCGCGGACACGAUUUUUUUAAUGGGUGGCGAAAAAAAUGCACUAAUGUGCUUCGUAAUCUUUUGCUGGGCAAGGAUCGCGCAGGGGGAAGCGCGUGCCCUCUUCGCUGCCAGCCCAGCCUCUCUCUCUGUCUCUCCUUCCUCCUCCUCCCCUCCCUCCCUCCCUCGCUCGCGCCCCUUUCCUCGCACCGGACUGGAAACCUCACAUUGCGUAAGAGUCCCGGGCCGGCCACGCCCAUCGGGGGGGAAUUUCGCGGUUGUGAGAUCACUCCCUCCGCCGCCGCCCGCGAGAUGCUAUAUAAUUCCCACCCCCCGCCAAGUUGCAAUCGGCAGACGGAGACGGAAAGUUUAGGAUCGGUGGCCUCGGCAGCGAUCGUGGCGGACUGAGGAUGCUGGACGUAGACUACGCGCAGUUCGAGGGGUCCCAGUAUGGCUAUAUGUUUCCCAGCGGCUGCAUCUAUGACCUGGACUCUUGCAAACAAGAACCCACGUUUGCUUCCUGCCUUGCAGACCCCGAGAGCUCCCCAGAGUCUUGCAUGAACUGGCUGGAGAUGCAGGAGCCUUGCUAUGAAGGCUAUGAGGUGGGGCAGCUGGCCCAGCUACAGAAUGUCCAAGUCUCCUACCUGCAUAGUUCUUACCCGCAGCUCUCCAUGGAUUCUGUCUACAGCCAGGAGGGAGUGGUACCCACACAGAACAUGUGCCUCGCACCCAAGGAAGACUACAACACCCAGAUUUACCUCCCCUACGAUCAGUACCCUCUUCCCAGGGAAGUGCCUAGCCCCUCGUCGGAAGAAGAGGAAUUCCACGGGGAGAGUCGGAACCUGGAGGUGUCCUCCGACAGCGACUUGGAUGAGAAUCUCUCGCCUGGUUUUGAUUCAGGCUCCCGACGGAAGUUGCGCCUCUACCAGUUCCUGCUGGAGCUCCUUGAGCGCGGCGACAUGAAGGAAUGUGUGUGGUGGGUGCACCGCGACGCAGGGAUCUUCCAGUUCUCCUCGAAGCACAAGGAGCUUCUGGCGCAUCGCUGGGGACAGCAGAAGGGCAACCGCAAGAAGAUGACCUAUCAGAAAAUGGCUCGGGCGCUACGCAACUACAGCAAGACGGGCGAAAUUCGCAAGGUCAAGAAGAAGCUCACCUACCAGUUUGGGACCACUCUGCUGGCGCAGUCGGCCACCUCCUAAACUCCCCCCCCCACCCGCUGCAAGAAUACGGGGCUGGGGCCAUUAAUAAUGACUGGACCUCCAUUCUCUGCCUUCUCCAGACCACCCGCUUUCUGGUGCCUUCAACCAAACUGCGUGAAAGAAUCUAGGCUGGGUGGGAAGAGAUGUGAAGACCCAAAUCAGGGUGGGGUGGGCUCCGGUAGGUUGCAGUCAGGGAGGCCAGGUGUGAAGGCACCGAGAUCUUCCACCAGAGGGGUGGGAGAUAUGCACUUUAGCGGAAAUCGGGCUGCUUGGACUGUCAUGGUAGGGUGAGGGUAAAGUAUGAUACAGCAGAGGUGGAGCGAAGCAUUCUGGGAUCC